AUGGGGGAUUGUCAACAUAUCGAACAAGUAUUUCAAAAUGAGAAGUCGAAGGAAGGUGUCUUGAAGACGUGCAACGCAGCACGAUAUAUGAUCAGGCAUUUCAGUGCAAGAGACAAGUAUCUUUACGCUAUGAGAUGCUCAGAGUGCCACGAGAUCAACUCUGGAUCGAACUUCAUGUGCUUGCAGUGCGGAUUCUGUGGUUGUUGGAACGGCAAGCAUUUCUUGGCCCAUAGCAAGAAAGUGGGGCAUGUAUUUGGCAUAAAUUCUAGCAAUGGGCUGCUGUUUUGCUUCAAAUGUGGCGACUAUAUUGGGGACAAUGAGCUAGUCAUGGCUUCGAUGCUGAAUAAAUAUUGGGAUGACGUUUCCAUGAAGACAAUGGUACCGGCCGUGAACCGCAGGGAUGGCUUGAGCGGACUGUUGAACCUGGGCUCGACCUGCUUCAUGAGUAGCAUACUUCAGAUACUCAUUCGAAAUCCGUAUUUCUUCAACUACUCGAUCACUCAGUCGCAUAGCAACAAGUGUCCCAGUCAGGACCCUAAGAGUUGCGUAUCCUGUGCGCUGGACAAGAUGAUUACAGAGUUUUAUGGAGCUCCUUCAAGCGAACACGCUGGAGACGAGCUGCAGUCAAUGUGUUCCGGGUUCAUUGGCUUGCUGAUCUGCUCCUGGAAGAUAAAUGAAAAUUUGGCUGGGUACUCGCAGCAGGAUGCGCACGAGUUUUGGCAGUUCUUGCUCAAUCGGCUGCAUCAUGAUUAUCAAGUCUGCAACGGCGGAUCGGUUGAUGAUUCGAUCUCCGACUAUCGCUGCAAUUGCAUCUCUCAUUCCACAUUCCAGGGUUUACUCAAGAGUUCGAUUGUCUGUCCAGAAUGUAACAACGAUUCCAAGACAACGAUAGAUCCGUUCAUGGAUCUCUCCCUCGACAUUAAGGGGAAGUCGAACCUUUAUAGCUGUCUGGACAGCUUUCAUAGGAAAGAACAACUGCAUGAUUUCAACUACCAUUGCCCAAGAUGCAAUACUUCGCAAGACGCCAUCAAGAGACUAAGCAUUCACAAGUUACCAACGGUCUUGGUGCUGCAACUCAAGCGAUUUGAGCACCUGCUGAAUGGUAAUAGUUUGAAGUUAAACGAUUUCAUCGAGUAUCCGCCCUAUUUGAACAUGCGUGAUUACUGUGAUUCCGGUAAUCCUGAAGUUAAAGUUCCCGACAUAAUCUACGAACUGAUUGGAGUGAUUUCUCACAAGGGAACUGUGAAUGAAGGACAUUACGUAGCUACGGUCAAGAUAGCGGGUAGGCGGUGGUUCAAGUUCAGCGAUUCUAUGGUUUCCUCCGCGACACAAGAAGAAUCGCUAAACGAGCAAGCCUACCUCCUGUUUUAUUCCGUUUUGCAAGUAAAUUGA